CGGGGUCCUGGUGCGGUCGCGUAGCAGCGGCAGAGACGCGGCCGAGCUGCUGCGGGACUGCAGUCAUCUGUAAACGGACUCAUGGAGAGAUUUCUCAUGGAUGGAUUCCAGCCACAGCAACUGUCCACAUAUGCUCUGACUCUGUAUAAGCACACAGCCACAGUAGACGGCAAGACGAUCCUUGUGGACUUCUGGGAUACAGCAGGCCAGGAGCGGUUCCAGAGCAUGCAUGCUUCCUACUACCACAAGGCUCACGCCUGCAUCAUGGUAUUUGAUGUCCAGAGGAAAAUCACCUAUAAGAACCUGGGUACCUGGUAUGCAGAACUUCGGGAGUUCAGGCCGGAGAUCCCAUGCAUCCUGGUGGCCAAUAAAAUUGAUGGUGGGGCCAUCCCUGCACCUGGGUGACAGUAAUUCCUGGGGACCAAGCACCACACAUUUCCUUCUUUCAAAGAAUGGCCCACCUUUGUUUCCCUUCCCAAGAUGCUCCCUUUCUAGUAGGGAGGCCAGCAGCGAGACCCUGUCUUCCCAAGACACAGACCCAUAUUACCCAUGUCAAGGGCAGUCCCUGACAGUCCCUUCCCCUCUCACCCUGCCUCCAAACUCUUCCCAUUGCCUGGGUGGACAAGCCAAUGCCCCACUUCUCUCUGCAGCAGACAUACAGAUGACUCAAAAGAAUUUCAGUUUUGCCAAGAAGUUCUCCCUGCCCCUGUACUUUGUCUCGGCUGCUGAUGGUACCAAUGUUGUGAAGCUCUUCAAUGAUGCUAUUCGAUUAGCUGUGGCUUACAAAGAGAGUUCCCAGGACUUCAUGGACGAGGUUUUACAGGAGCUCGAGAACUUCAAGUUGGAGCAGAAAGAAGAGGAUACGUCAGGCCAAGAGCAGAGUGACACGACCAAGAGCCCAUCUCCUUCCUAACCUGAGGACAUCCACACAUGGCAGAGUUGGGGUAUUGGGAGCCAUUUGGAACACCCUACAUCUCUGGAGAACAUCUCUAGGCUACCCCUGCUCAACUUCCUGCAAACCCACUGUUCUGUGGUACAUGAUGAGGUCAAUACAAAGAAACUAGACAGGCGUGAUACCCACCAUCUUCCUGCAUCAGGAUGAGGGAUCCGUGUCAUUCACACACACACCCCGACCCCCACCCCCACCCCAGCAGCCUGAUAGUGCAGAAACAGUGAACAUGCUCAUGUCUUCUUAGUAGACAUUUAGGUGUUUGUUGUCUUUCUUCCCAAACUGACCUCAGGGACUGUCCCUUCACUUCUGCCGAGAGAAUGAUGCAAACCCUUGAGGACGAUGUGUUCCUAUGGAAUCCAUCUGUGACACCUCUGUCCCUGUCAACAAUAUUUUUGACAGACAACCAUUAAUUCCAAAUUUGCUUUUCUAGCACCAACUGUUUUGGGAGCUCUUCUCGGUCAGUUGAGAGCACAGCAGCAGGACUCGAUUGCAGUGCAGUGAAGACAAGUGUAGCCAUAUCUGCUUAUACACACACCUUACUGUUCCCCACCACGUGAACAAAAACUGCCUCCAUCUCAGGGUAGAAAGCCUUCCUCCACCUCUCUAGGGCGAGUUAAGCACUGCGUCUUCUGUGGGUGGCAGCAGACAGCAGGGAAGAGCUGCCCUGCUUCUCUGCAGCUUGCUAGAUGAUGUCACGAUUGUCUUGAGCAUCAUUUGCAUUAUCAUUAUUUUGUUUAUAUUGUCUCCUUUUUUUACAAUAAAGAUAAAGUUUCGUAAA